CUCACAUUAAUUUUUCGGUCACGAGAAGCUCAAUUGCGCUCAGUGCGUUGUCUACUUCGUGUUUCUUUCUAUUCUUCGAUUACAAAUCACCUCCCUUGGGAAGUCUCGUUCUCAUUCUACAAAACGAAGGAUUAGGAAGUGUUCGUCCACCAAAACGCUAUCGAGGCGAAAUGGAGGCAUCAUCAGCAUCUGAAAUUGUCAUUAUACAUGGCAAUUCACAUCCUGAUUUGGCGAAUAUGGUCGCCGAUCGAAUGGGAUUAAAAAGCGGUGGUUGUUCUGUAUUCCAUAAAACAAAUCGUGAGACUAUGGUUGAAAUUGGUGAUUCUGUUCGUGGUAAAGAUAUAUACAUCAUUCAAACUGGAACUAAAGAUGCAAAUAACAACAUUAUGGAGCUGCUUAUUAUGGCUUAUGCAUGUAAAACAUCAUCGGCUCGUUCGGUUGUUGGUGUGAUUCCAUAUUUGCCAUAUUCAAAACAAUGUAAAAUGAGGAAACGUGGUUGUAUUGUUACCAAAUUGUUGGCUAAGAUGAUGUGCAAAUCAGGUCUCACACACAUAAUCACAAUGGACCUGCAUCAGAAGGAAAUUCAAGGAUUUUUCGAUAUUCCAGUCGAUAAUCUAAGAGCAUCACCAUUCUUGCUGCAGUACAUUCAAGAAAGUAUUCCCGAUUACAGAAAUUCAGUUAUUGUUGCCCGAGAUCCUGGCUCAGCUAAAAAGGCCACUUCAUAUGCUGAACGUUUACGUCUGGGAAUCGCUGUCAUCCAUGGAGAACAAAAAGAAGCCGAAAGUGAUGAAGUUGAUGGCCGAUAUUCACCUCCACCAGCAAGUACAUAUAGCACUACAAUAGGGAAUUCAGUUGAAAUGUGCUUUCCUUCGACCCCUACUCGUAGUAGCAGGCAGCGAACAAUCAGCGUAUCAGUCGGAGUACCUGGACAUCCACCCAAAGAGAAGCCCCCAAUUAAUGUUGUUGGAGAUGUUAAUGGCAGAAUUGCAAUUAUGGUGGAUGACCUAAUUGAUGACGUCCAAUCAUUUGUGGCUGCUGCCGAAGUGUUGAAGGAAAAUGGAGCUUGUAAAAUUUACGUCCUCGCAACUCAUGGUUUGCUUAGUUCUGACGCUCCUCGGUUGAUUGAUGAAUCACCUAUUGAUGAGGUUGUGGUAACGAACACCAUUCCCCAUGAAAUUCAAAAAUUGCAAUGCCACAAGAUCAAAACAAUUGACAUUUCAAUUUUGAUUGCCGAAGCGAUUCGUAGAAUCCACAACAAGGAAUCGAUGUCAUAUCUCUUCCGGAAUGUAACGCUAGAAGAUUAAUCAGAUUACUCCAAAUGAAUGCAAAUGCAUUGUUUUAUUUUAUUAAAUUUUUUUUCUUUCCUUAUUAUUUUAAUAUAAUGAGUUCAACAAUUUUUCAGAACUCAUAUUUUGUUUACUAAUUUAAAGAACAAAACUUUAAUAUGCACCAUCUUGUUAUUAUUAUUUUUAUCAAGUAUUUUUUUUUUUUUUUUGUUUGCACUGCCUUUGAUAAUCACGAAUGCAUUAAAAUUUAAAUUAUUUCAUCCAAAACAGAUUCUUUUCAAACAAUUUUUUCUAAAACUAACAAUUUUGUACUUUUUUGAAAAUAUGUAAUGUGAAAUUCGUUUGAAAUCAAACUGUUAACGAAUAAUCAAAAAGAAAAACAAACCAAAAGUUACAAAAAAUCUUGUAGAAAUUAAACAAAAAACCAAAUUCUUAAAAUCAUGCAUUAAAGUUUGCUGGUAAAACUUGAAUGAUUAUUAAAGGAAACUACUUUCUUUGGUAGAAACAUGAAUAAAUGUAUUUCUUAAUGAACUCAACAACCACAGUAACAUUCAUUAUUAUAUUAAAUUAUCAAAAGCGUUUAUCAAUAUUUUAUUAAAAAAAAAUCAUAAUACAUUGUAUUAGAAUAAAAGUAUCAACAAUAUUUGUAGAAAUGUAUAGAGA